UUCAUCUAUAAUGUGUGUUUGUGUUCAUAUGUUACUUUAAUUUUAACUAUGAUUUGUAGGUCAUGAAAGUGGAGGGUCUAGAAGGAUUCACCAAAAAUCUUCAAAAUCCAGUUGAAGACUUGUAUUAUGUUGUUACUAAAGAGAAGGCUGGGGACAAGAAUUGGGACAAGUAAGACGUUUUUUAGUACGUGUGGUCGACCGGAUCGGUUAUGAGGUCGACCGCUUUCCCAAUAAGGUCGACCGUGACUGUGAACAGGUCGACCUGUACGUUGCAAAUCACAAUUGACAUUCUGUUAUUUUGAUUUUUGCAGUUUGACCGUUGUGGACUUUUUUCCUGAAAACGUGCAAUGACAUUGAUAGACCGUUAGUUACACAUGUUUUCACCCCUGUUCUUACACCGUUUGAGAUGUGGUUUCUCGUGUUUUAGAUCGAUUUCACGCUAGGUUGUGCUUGUUUGUGAUAUUUCAGGUCCUGGCAAGUGAAUGAAGGUUUAGGAGCGAGUUCGGGGUCGAUUGGGCGAAGAUCGGGCGCGAGACAAGUCGCAAAGGAGGUCACAUGGGCUACCCUGAUGUUCACACGGCCGCGCGAGAGGCCAGUCUGGCCGUGUGACAUUCUGCGAGAGCAGACACGAGCAGAGCAGCAGAUUGACACGGCCGUGCAAGUGGCCGGGUUGGCCGUGCCACAUUCGCCGAGAGCAGACACGGGCAGAAGGAAGUCACACACGGCCGUGCCACCCUGGCCGUGUAAGAAGCCUGGAAUUCGACUAAGUGAUACGGUGCGUUUUGCCUCACACGGGCAACUGGGUAGGCCACACGGCCGUGCCACCCUGCCCGUGUGAGUCGGGAUUUCCUGGUUUUAAGCCAAAUUCCGAACCAAAGAAGAGGAGAGCUGGGUUUUGGAUCCCAAACACCCAAGGGACGAACCAAAGAGAGAGAGGGCGAUUUGAGGGCAUUCUUGGAGUGGAGUUGGAGGAUUUCUUCGCCUUGGAAGCUCGAGGAACAAGCCCGGACUUGAAGACUGAUCAUCUGAAGAUUCUUACUGCAGUCUCUCUCUUCUCUAUGGAGUAACUUCCCUUCACUUAGGUUUUGAGGAACCCUAGCUAUGUUUGUUGGAUUGGAUGAUUGUAUGAGUACUCUGACUUGAUAAUCUUGAGUUCAUAUUAAAUCUAUGCAUGUUUUCAUGAUUCAAUUCUGCUUUAGUCGAGAUUAUUGAUUCUGCUUUGAUCCUAUGAGAGGGAAUACCUGAUUAGGUCAAUAGAGCACCAUAGAUUGAUAGUAGUGGAUCGAUUGCUUUAGUCAAGGGUUGAUUCACUGCUUUGUAUCGAUUGAGAACCUCUUUCGAUAGAGGGAGUCUAGUUCAGAACGCCUUGAUCAGUUGUUCUAGAGAAGGAUACGUCCCUCUACGCAAUUGACUCAAGAGGGCCUUGUUCCUUUAGUCGAGACUCAAGGUCUAGUCAAGGAUUCUCCGCAUUGUGAAUGAAAGUGAAACAGGUUAGAGAUCAUCAAUCGUUAAUCUGGCUAGUGGCUAGGGGGAAUCAUACCUAAGUGAGUUCCCAACCUGUAAUUAGAUUAACUUUAACUGUAGUUUGCUAGAGUAGUUUUAGUUCUUUCAUCUUAAUCUGAUUUGCUAAAUAAUAAACUGAAGCUGAGUAAUAGUAACUCUAGAGACCCGUGGAUUCGAUAUUUAUCACUUGAGCCACUAUACUGCAGUCCCUUCCAUUGGUUACACUUGGCCAUUGUUAGGUGUUGUGUUUUAGAGCAGUCAGACAUUAUUUGAGUUCGGUCAUUAGCGAGAAUAGCUUGGUUUGCUCAUCAGUAAGUACUAUACUACUACGACUUUCGUAUGAAUUGUGCACUAUUUAUGUUACGAUUUAUGAUGAUUUUGUGUUUGAUUGUUGGAUGGUAGGUAGUGGAUUUGUGUGCAAGGGCACUAACAAUGUCUGAAAAACAUGAUGUGAAAGAGCCAAAUGUGUGGUAUGUGCCAAAUAUGUUUUCGGUAAGAGCCGUAAUGUCAAAUUAUUUGUCAUAACCUAGUUAUUUAUAUUGUACCAUGUCAAUUCAUCUCAACUAAAACAUGGUGCAGAAAAUGGUACGCGCUAACAUGAAGAUAAGACAAAUUCGUAACAAGUUGAUGAAUGAUGGCGUGGUCUUUAUGCCGAAUGUCAGUGCAUGCCAGAAGGUUAGUCUAGUCAAUGUCCCUCUAUCAUUAAAUUUUGAAAGUGUAUUUGUUUGUAUUCGCUGUUUAUAACAUAUAGUGAGUGUUUCGUUGCUAGAUAUUUAUGCCAGUUCUUGACGAUGAAGCACGUCAUUGGUUUCUGUAUCUCGUCAAUGUCCAGCAAAAAACUGCAUUUUUGCUUGUCAGUCUACCUUCAACUAGUGAGGCGAAUCGUAGGCGUAAAUCAGCAAUAUGCAAGAAAUUGGUAAGUGUUUCCUAUAAUUUUCUGACUGUUAAGCGUCACGUAUUAUGCUAGAAACUUAAUAUAUUCAUUAUUUGUGUGUAGUUGUCCAAUUUGGAUGAUAUUUUCAAACCGGAGCGCAUGAGCAAUGUAGGAGUACCAAAUUUUGGAGAUUUCAAUUUUGAUGAGCUACGAGUUCAACGGCAAAGGAAUAGUACUGAGUGUGGUGUGCACGUCAUGCAGUGGAUGCGCUAUGGAUCCAAGGAUCUUGAUAGAGUGGUGAGUAUAUCAUCAAACAAAUAACUUGUUUAAUUUACACUUUUUUUAGUUGUAACGAAAUCUUACAUGGCAUAAUGCAGAUAGGAGAAGAACACAAAUUACCGGCUCGAAAGGAGAUUCUAUGGUAUCUGGCUACACAUUUUGAAAACCUUGCACGAGAAAAUCUUUUCAAGCAUGUAGUAGAUGAAUGCAUGGAACGAGGCAAAGAGAGACAGAGUUCAAACAAAAAAGCAAAGAAAUGAAGUCGUUAAGUUACAAUGUUGCAUUAUUUGGACCAUACAUUGAAUUUGUAUUUGCGAGAUCGUUUCAUUUUGGAUUUUGAAUGUUUAUCGUUUAUUAGAUUUGUUAUACAAUUAUGGAUGUGACUGAAUUUACGAUUUCAAUCGUCUAGAACAAGUGGUCGACCACAUACUCAAAGUGGGCAUACCCAAAGGCAGAGCACAUGUCGACCUCGUGACGCUUAAGGUCGACCUAUGAUACCGUAGCAAAGUCAAAAACCAUGUAGAACAUGGAUGGAAUCUCGUCAAUUUGGCCUUAAUAAAAUACGGUCGACCAUUCGUGUCAAGAGGUCGACCUGUUUCACAUUUAUAAACAAUGGUCGACCAUUUCAGUAAAGAGGUCGACCUGUUUCACAUUUACCCAAGACGGUCGACCAUUUGUGCAAAGAGGUCGACCUUAAUGAAUCAUGUCCUUGUAC